AUGGUCAGACAGAAAGACAAACAAAAACAACAGAAACACAGACAGACAGACAGAUGGUCAGACAGAAAGACAAACAAAAACAACAGAAACACAGACAGACAGACAGACAGAUGGUCAGACAGAAAGACAAACAAAAACAACAGAAACACACAGACAGAGGGUCAGACAGAAAGACAAACAAAAACAACAGAAACACAGACAGACAGACAGACAUAUGGUCAGACAGAAAGACAAACAAAAACAACAGAAACACAGACAGAAAGACAGACAUAUGAUCAGACAGAAAGACAAACAAAAUCAACAGAAACACAGACAGACAGACAUAUGAUCAGACAGAAAGACAAACAAAAUCAACAGAAACACAGACAGACAGACAGACAAGUCAGACCGAAAGACAAACAAAAACAACAGAAACACAGACAGACAGACAGACAGAUGGUCAGACAGAAAGACAAACAAAAACAACAGAAACACAGACAGACAGACAGACAGAUGGUCAGACAGAAAGACAAACAAAAACAACAGAAACACAGACAGACAGACAGACAGAGGGUCAGACAUAAAGACAAACAAAAACAACAGAAAGACAGACAGACAGAUGCACACAGAAAGACAAACAAAAACAACAGAAACACAGACAGACAGACAGAUGGUCAGACAGAAAGACAAACAAAAACAACAGAAACACAGACAGACAGACAGACAGAUGGUCAGACAGAAAGACAAACAAAAACAACAGAAACACAGACAGACAGACAGAUGGUCAGAUAG